CCCAAGCCCAAAGCCCACAUUCCCACCUUAUCUUUCCCCUCAACUCAACGCCCCCUUCACACCUUGUCACCAGUCACCACCCCCAGAUCUAAGACUUCUAACUCCACUGCAGUGUAUAGUGUAUACAACAAAAUCUCCUCCACCAGCUCUGCACAUACUACGCACACUGCACAGGCCUAAAAACACCAGACUAUUCAAUCAAGCAAGGGUGACGUUUGGGAACUGGGAUGGUGGAGGCACAGUCAUGGACAACAAGGAGGGGAAGCAACCCAAGAUUGGAGUCCACAGACCAAGUCCUGGAUAUCCCAGUUACGCCAACUGCUGAAAUAAAACAUCAACAGGGGGUGGGAUCCUUAAUCUCUCCAAAUUUGCUGACAGCACUUAUCAUUGCAUCAUGGUACUUGUCAAACAUUGGUGUACUUUUACUGAACAAAUAUCUCCUCAGCUUUUAUGGUUACCGUUACCCAAUCUUCCUUACCAUGCUGCACAUGAUCUCUUGUGCUUCUUAUAGCUUUGUAGCCAUCAGGUGGCUAGAAAUUGUCCCUUUUCAGCAAAUUCAUAGUAGGAAGCAGUUUUUCAAGAUUCUUGCUUUAUCUGCUAUUUUUUGCUUUUCUGUUGUCUGUGGGAAUACUUCUUUGAGGUACUUGCCUGUCUCGUUCAACCAAGCAAUUGGUGCCACUACCCCUUUCUUCACAGCCAUUUUUGCAUUUGUGAUUACUUGUAAAAAGGAAUCUGCUGAGGUUUAUUUAGCACUUGUCCCUGUGGUUCUUGGGAUUGUUUUGGCUAGCAAUAGCGAGCCCUUGUUUCAUCUUUUUGGGUUUUUAAUGGCAUUAGGUUCCACUGCUGGGAGAGCCUUGAAGUCUGUGGUUCAAGGGUUGUUGUUAACGUCUGAUGCUGAGAAAUUGCACUCGAUGAAUCUCUUGUUGUACAUGGCUCCGAUGGCAGCUAUGAUUUUGUUACCCUUUACUUUGUAUAUUGAGGGGAACGUGACUGCCGUGACAAUUGAGAAGGCGAGGCUCGAUGGGUUUAUGAUCUUUUUGUUGGUUGCCAAUGCCACUGUGGCUUAUUUGGUGAAUUUGACUAACUUCUUGGUGACAAAGCAUACUAGUGCUUUGACUUUGCAAGUGUUGGGGAAUGCCAAGGCUGCUGUGGCUGCUGUGGUUUCAGUCUUGAUAUUCAGGAAUCCGGUGACCGUUAUGGGGAUGACCGGAUUUGCUGUGACACUAAUGGGGGUGGUGCUUUACAGUGAGGCCAAGAAGAGGUCUAAACUUACAGCUCAUUGAUAGCAAAUAUCAGCUAGUUGGUGGUGGUGCCGGCACAAGAAUACACGGGGGACUUCUCUUUCGAUGAAGGAUUGCUUGAUUGGUUGGUUGAAUCUUGACGAAUAGGAGAACGGAUAUUAAUUCUUGCAUGUAGUUGUUGUCAUUGAUGUCAUCCCCCCUUCCUUACCUAUGGCCGUGUGUGGUUUAUUUGUUGCAAUCACCACGUACAAGACAAUAUUUUAUUAUUAUUGACCCUCCAUCUCUUCAAAGUUUCCUCCAAUCUUAUUAUACGGAUUUGACCAAAAUUAAAAUGAUUGAGGAUGACUUUUGUGAAAUGAAAAACGGGUUAUAAAUAUUUAAGCCAUCAUUGUUAUUCUGAUCAAACUCCUACAGUAAAAAGUAAUUACUCAAAUGAAGCUACAAUGGGAAUCAAAUGGGAUCAAGAUGCUGUAUUAUUCAAAGCUCGUACAAAGCCGCAUGCAUUAACUGACUGAUGUGUUACGUAAACAAGUAGAAAUAAAUGGAUUACAAGGACUGAAAAAAAAAAUGAAACCUGUAAGUCUUUCUGCUUUCAAAUAAGUAUAAAUAGUAGUAAAGGUUACUCCUGAAUCUCCGUCAAGCCGUGAUCAUCAUGAAGGCGGCCAAUGCAGCAAUCAGCCAAGAGAGAGUUUUUGAGGGACCAAAUCCGGUGGCUGCUCCAGCAUCGGGUUUGGGAGGAGUUAGAGCAGGUGCAGGUGAAGGAGAUCCUAAACCGGGCUGGACAGUAAUGGCAAACUUCAUUGGUCCAGUGUGGCAAUGGUCGGCAACGCCACAAAUGUACCAUUUCCUUCCGGGAGCGGCGAGGGUGAUUACAUCGUGACCGGAGGUUAAAGGAGCAGCCCCGAGUGGUGCUGCGCAAAGUUUGAACUCGGUUCCAUUUACUUUGAUGACAUUGUGUGCUCCAGGUUUGUAGUUAAACACUGCCCAAAAAAAAAAAAAAA